AAUCUGAUAUGCAGUAGCCGAGGUUUUUCGCUGACCAAAAUUGGUAGGCAACAAGGAUGGAGAUGCAGCAGUUACUAAGCAUGGGCUUCCCAAACGAAUUGGCAACGCAAGCCUUGGCCGCUACCGGUGGGAAAUCCACCCUGAAAGCCACCGAAUGGAUUCUCAACCACAAUUCCUCCGCCGCCGCUUUUACCUCUUCCAUCCCCAAACCCUCCCAACCAAAACUCGACCACUUCUUCCACUUCCAAUCCAAACCCUCCACCAAUUUCCCAUCUCCCAUACCCACUGCUCCUCGCUUAAUCCCAAACCACCGAGGAGGAGGAGAAGCAGAAGAAGAAGAAGAAGAAGAACAACAACAACAACAACAGCAAUCUAAGCGGCCCAAACUAGAAGUAUUGCUACCAACAAACCCACAGCCGCCCCACGAGCCCUUAUCUGAGCGCAUGCGUCCUAGUACCAUAGACGACGUCAUUGGCCAAAACCACCUUCUCGGCGCCAACUCCUUUCUUCGCUCCUUAAUCGAAUGCAAUCGCCUCCCUUCCAUCGUCUUCUGGCCUCCCGGCACUGGUAAGACCUCAAUUGCCAAAGCUAUUGUUAACUCUACUUCCGCCUCUUCUACUUCUUCGUAUAGAUUUGUUUCGUUGUCAGCUGUCACUUGUGGGGUUAAGGAUAUUAGGGACGCGGUGGAGGACGCUAGAAGACUAAGAUUAUCUAAGAACAAGAGGACCAUUUUGUUUGUGGAUGAGGUUCAUAGGUUUAACAAGUCCCAACAGGACUCCUUCUUGCCCGUCAUCGAGGAUGGUAGUAUUGUCUUCAUGGGUGCCACCACGGAAAACCCAUCUUUCCAUUUAAUUACGCCUUUGUUGUCUCGGUGUCGGGUUCUCACUCUUAACCCAUUGAAACCCCACGACGUUUCCCUGCUCCUCUGGCGGGCCGUGAAUCAUUUGGAAAAGGGAUUGCCACGGAGUGUAGGGAUGCGUCUUGAUGUGAAAGAAGAAGCAAUUGAGUUUAUAUCUGUGAAUUGUGAUGGGGAUGGUCGAGUGGCAUUGAACGCCUUGGAAAUUUCAGCUAUUACGGCGGCUGCCCGGGUUCCCGAUAAAGAAUCUAAAGCCAAUGGUGGGGACUUGGUCCAAAAUGAGGAAGAUGGGAUUGAUAUCGUUGCAGCCAUUGUCACACUGGAUGAUGCUAAGGAGGCACUUCAGUGCAAGCAUCUUGCUUAUGACAAAGCUGGGGAAGAGCACUAUAAUCUGAUCAGUGCACUCCAUAAGUCUAUGAGAGGAAAUGAUGCUGAUGCUGCGAUAUAUUGGUUGGCAAGAAUGUUAGAGGCAGGUGAAAAACCUCUCUACAUUGCACGUCGAUUAAUAAGGUUUGCUAGUGAGGAUGUUGGGUUGGCUGACCCAUCUGCACUCAACCAGGCUGUUGCGUGCUACCAAGCCGCUCAUUUUUUGGGAAUGCCCGAGUGCAAUGUGAUUCUUGCACAGUGUGUGGCUUUUUUGGCUUUGGCUCCGAAGUCCGUCUCUGUUUAUCGGGCAGUAGAGGCUGCACAGAAGUUAGUGAAGGAAUCGGCUGGACAGAAUGAGGGAGUGCCUUUCCAUCUUAGGAAUGCGCCAACUAAGUUAAUGAAGGAACUUGGAUAUGGAAAGGACUAUAUUUACCCUCCUGACAGUCCCAUUUCGAUUCAGAGUUAUCUGCCACCCUCGCUUCAAGGGUGCAAGUUCCUCGAUUGGCCUAAUAGAACUGAUGGAUGAGAAGCUACUCACCACUCCGACUUUUGAAGCUACUAUUCUAUGCUGGUGGUUAGAUACUCCCUUCUUACUCUUUUUGUGUAUGGUGUUUCUUUUAUUGUAGAAAUUGGUAGCUGCCUUGCACCAUCAUGCUUUCAGAAUUACUUACACAGUUGCACGUCAAGGAAUAUAGUGGAAAGCCUAAUGUAACGAGUACUUGUAGCUUUUUUUUUUUU